UAAACGAAACGAUAGUCCAUGGUUUUUCGGUUUUCUUUUCUCUCUCUGUUUUUGUCUCACUCCAACAAAUAACAUGGAGGUAGUGCUCUGAGCGCAGUUUAAUUUUCUUUGUUUACGUGUCGGUUUCGUAUAUCGUUCCAUUUAAUUUAAAAGAAAGAAUUUGUUAGCGGUUUAUGGAAUUAUCUCGAAGUGAUUUUUUCAAAGUUUCUGUAAGAACUGUAUGAAAUGAAUAACGGGGACAUUGGGGGGCCUAGAGGCAGAGGCCGCGGUUGGCAGCAACCUGAAAACCAACCAAGGGAGCUUCGCCGGCCGAGAAUCGUAACCGAGGAUGCAAGAGUGGAACCUCCUAAAUCUAAUUUGUCGGCGGAAGCGAAGGAAUGGUAUCCACCUAAUUACAACCCUCAAGCUCAAACAUUUGUGCCUGAUCCAGCUCCAUACAGACCCGCUCGUUUUUCCGUACAAGAUCGACUGCGUCAAGCCCAAGAUCAGAACCCAUACAACUUCGAUGAUAUGUCAUAUUCCCUCGAAGAAGCAGAGAACAUGGACUUACGGGAGAACAUUGCCAACUUGAUUACUGUCAUGUGUGAGAUAACAUUUGACCCUGGCAAAUUCGACACCCUCUGUGGUCCUCUUGUGGACUCUUUUGCCUUGUCUUUGCAUGAUGCCAGCUACACCAGGCCAUUGGUUGAAGCCAUUGUUAAUCAGUCGAUAGGUGAGUCGAACUUCCGCUACAAUGGUGCGCGUUUGUGCUCAAUGUACGACUCGGUGGCGUCACCCGAGGAGUCCACGUUCCGCGUCUGCCUUCUGGAACGUUGCUCUGCUGAAGAGAGCAAGAUCAUCAGCGGAGUGGAGACCUCCGAGGAGAAUAUGCGCGGCUUCGCAAUGUUUCUCGCCGAGAUUUACACCCAACUCGAGGAUAGCCAGGGUGGAAGACUGAAGUCUCUCGGCGAGAGUCUCUGUAAGGUCCUACUUCAUUUACUGGACACAGACAAAGAGACUAAUAUCAAAGCUGUAUGUCAACUACUCAAGUUGUCAGGUAUAGCGCUCGACGCCGACUGCCCGGCGGGUAUGCACGCGGCGUUCGAGCGGUUGAAACGCCGCGCUCAUUUACCCGCCGUCCGCAACGUGGUGGCGUUACGGGGCGCGCGCUGGGGCCUGGCCGACCCCUCGCCGCCCGCAGACCAUCGGCGCCGGCAUGGUAUGAACGGGGAAACGGACGGCGGACCCGCGGGCGAAGGCGGUUACUUAGCGGACGGACAUACGUUAACGGCUGAGGAACGAGCUUUCUUGCAGAGCAAUCUGCCUGCGCCCAAGAACGCCGCCCUGGAAGACGAUAUACUGGAAGAGCUCGAAAACGACGCUUGGGACACCGGCAUGGAUGCCGAAAUGCAGGCGGGCUUCCUGGAAUUCUUGAAGAUGUCCAACCAGAUCAAGCGAUAACCCUCCCCCACCCUGGGCCUCGACGGACAGACCGAAACGCGUCUCCACUGUAAACUAGCGCAGAAAAACUUAUUAAACAUUUCCUACAUUACGAUACUUACACACGAUUAUUGUUCUAAGCCCCGUGGGUCAUACGUACAUUUAUUAUCUGAGAUAUGGCGACUUGAGAGGG